UGUCCUUAAUUUACUCAAUUAUGACUAAGAAGAUCUCAUUCCAUACAUUUAUAUUGCUUCCUAGCCAAACAUGGCCUAUUCCAACAAAUUCACUUUUAAUCGACACACUUGAUUUUCCCGUUCUGAAUAGAUCCCAGUCUCCUCUAAAGCGACAUGUUAGAUCUCUUUCUUUAGAGAGAGAGAUGAGUAGGAGAUCUGCGACUUGCUUGAGGUGUUGUUUGGUGAUAUUCGCGGUAGUGUCGGCACUCUGUGUAUCUGGGCCAGCUUUGUAUUGGAAAUUCAAGAAGAGCCUGAAAUUGAAAGGAAUUUCAUCUUCUUGCCCUCCCUGUUUAUGUGAUUGUCCUUCACCACAAACCCUUUUUCAGAUUGCCCCUGGCUUGGCUAAUCUUUCUGUUACAGAUUGCGGAAAAGAUGACCCUGAUCUGAAGGAGGAAAUGGAAAAGCAGUAUGUGGACUUAUUGUCGGAAGAGCUGAAACUUCAAGAAACUGUGGGUGAAGAGCAUUCCCAACAUAUGAACAUCACGUUUGGGGAGGCACGAAGAUUGGCUUCCCAGUACCAGAGGGAAGCCGAAAAAUGCAAUACAGCCACAGAAACUUGUGAGUCGGCCAGAGAAAGAGCCCAGGCUUUGCUCACUAAGGAAAAGAAGAUAACUUUAUUGUGGGAAAAAAGAGCUCGGCAGCUUGGUUGGGAGGGAGAAUAAAUUACUACUAGCAACAUAUUUUGGAUCGAUGCUCUAUGUGUGAAUCAAUGUAUGCUCAUAAAUUAUAGAGUAAGCAAAUUUAUGCCAAUUUAUAAGUGCCUAGCAAAUUUAUGCCAAUUUAUAACUCUCUCUAUCUCUCGGAAAAGGGGAUAAAAAAAUCCAAAAUCUUUGUGAUCUGACAAUGGUUCGAUAUUGCAAUUUUGUGUUUAUUAUUCCUCA